GAAAAGACCAGACUUUAAUGUUAGGAUUCGAAGGCAAUGGUCAUUCUUGGUAGAGGUUUAGGGUUUAACCACAAGCAAUUCUUCUCCUUCCCCAAGUUUUUCUUUCUCCGUCCUUUCAUGGCUACUUCUCCUGUCGCUUCCUAUUCCACUGGUUCCCCUGGUGGCGCCGUUUCGGUGAAGCGAGUAGGGACUCACCAUGGUAGCUUCCAUUGCGAUGAGGCGCUUGGCUGCUUCAUGAUUCGCUUGACGCAGAAGUUCUCUAAUGCUCAGAUUGUUCGAACCCGUGAUCCCCAGGUAUUAGAAGGUCUUGAUGCAGUUCUUGAUGUUGGGGGCGUGUAUGACCCAAGUCAUGAUCGUUAUGACCAUCAUCAAAAGGGGUUUGAAGAAGUUUUUGGCCAUGGUUUCAACACUAAGCUCAGCAGCGCUGGUCUUGUUUAUAAGCAUUUUGGGAAGGAGAUUAUUGCAAAGGAGCUUCAAGUUGAUGAAGGCCACCCAGACGUGCAAAGGCUAUUUUUGGCUGUAUACAAAAGUUUCAUGGAGGGCAUUGAUGCUAUAGAUAACGGUAUCAAUCAGUAUGAUACAGACCAGCCACCAAAAUAUGUGAAUAACACACACCUAUCUUCAAGGGUGGGGAGAUUGAAUCUGGACUGGAUUGAUCCCGAUCAAUCAUCCGAGAAUGAGAAUAAAGCCUUUGAGAAAGCAAUGGCUCUGGCUGGCAGCGAGUUCUUAGAUAGUGUUCGGUUUCAUGCCAAAUCAUGGCUACCAGCAAGGUCGAUCGUGAUGAGAUGUCUUGGAGCAAGACAUGAUAUCGACCCUAGUGGAGAAAUAAUGGUUUUGACAACAUUUUGCCCUUGGAAACUUCAUCUAUUUGAGCUCGAGACGGAGUUGAAGAACGACAAUUUGAUCAAAUAUGUGCUCUAUCAGGACGAUCGAAGCAAGCAGUGGCGAGUGCAGGCAGUGGCAAUAGCUCCUGACAGAUUCGAGAGUCGCAAGCCUCUGCCUGCCCAAUGGCGAGGUUUAAGGGACGAGGAACUCUCAAAAGAGUCGGGGAUCCCCGGUUGCGUGUUUGUUCAUAUGAGUGGCUUUAUAGGUGGAAAUCAAACUUACGAAGGGGCUCUUGCCAUGGCGAAGCAAGCAUUGAAGCUGUAGAUACUCGACAUCUUUUUAUAUAUUUACUUGGCUCGUAGCAUCGAUCAGAGAAUCGUGCGUUAACGAGAGUUUGAGGCUUACCGUUUUAUGACUUUCUCUGAGCCCUUCAAUUCUUUCAAUUUGAAACAUUUGCUGCUGUAACGAAUUGGGAUAUUUCUAUCUGGUUUUUUCUUA